AUGGAGACAAAGGAAAUAGAUCAAGCCCAAAUCUAUGGACUACAAGGACAAACAUCAAAAACCUCGUUUGAAUCCAACAAAGAAGCAGAUAAAUCCGAUGGAGAUUGUGUUACUAAGUCAAGUUUAGAUGAUUCCAAUGCAAGAAAUGGACGUGAUCCAAAACCUAAUGAGGGGAUCAUUAGACAUGACUAUAGAACACUUUCCAAGGGAACUCUUGAAAGGUCGAAAUGCGGAAGCAUAUUUGAGAGUAUCACAGAAAAGAAUGCUACAACGGCGAACUUUGCAGAGGAGGACCAGUGGAAGUGGCGUAGGUACUUCGACCAAGGAGCAACAAUUACUAGAGUUGAUCUAAUCUAG